UCUCGCACGAAGCCCUAAUAAACAUCACAAGGAGAAAAACAUCAAACGCCACCCAUUUCCCUUCACCCGACGCCCUCCCUGCGCCGCUUCGCUUCCUUUGCGAUCUAGAGAUGUCCGUGGCAGCCGAGAUCCCUCCCAGGCUCCCAGCCCUCUCACGCUACCACUUUGUCCGGCAGAAAAGGAGGAAUACAUGGUGAGCAUGAAGAUCCGUAGCGGGUACAUCCGUUCCUGUCCCGCUUGUCCAUCAAUUUAGAAGCGCCGAGGCGGAUGUAGCAGCCAGGAAGCGUCGCCAUCGCCUGACCUCAACGCGCCACCUGCAAGGUCUCCCUCCUUCCCACCUCCUCCUGACCCAACCCGUCGUCUCGCUCGUCCUCCGGGCCGGACCCGGCUGUUGCCAAUCUUAUUAGCGAUUGUGCAGAUGCCCCAUGUUCCAGUCGGUAGUCAGAAGUAUUCCACCACAUCUUCCUCCUGCCUCCUUCCCCUCAUGCUCUCAUUGGAUGAUUUGAAAUUGGGAUCUGGUUAAUCUGCAAGUAUUUUUGUGCGAGGGAAUCUGUGAGUAGUUGAUUUGAUGGUCUGGUUACACAGUAGCCCUGAAACAAUCAGAUUACAACGACGGGGGAGGCUCAUGCCCUCUGUAUCGCCACUCCUCCACUGUGUCUGAUUCAACACGAGAUGAGUGCGGAAAAGCACUAGCGAUUGGCCAUUGGAUCGGCUGUUUUAGGCGUUCCUUGCCAUUACAUGCCUUGGUCAAUGCACGCAUGGGCCGCGGAUCAUCUUCCGCUACAGACCAGCAAAGAUGAGCGGGCGACGGAUCCACGUGGGCGAGGACGUGUCGCUGAUAGUCAGGGCGUGCCGGCUGGGAUUCGGGAGUAGAUCCUCGGGGCGACCCAACCGCUGGCCACUGCACUCCUCGCCCCCUUGCAAGGUUUCAUUGAGAGUUUUAGUAAGACCAUCGCAUCGAUUGAUUGGUGAGGAGGAGGCCAGCAUCCAACAAGACAUGGUGCUGCAAGCAAAUCAGAUGAUUUUUUACAACACUGAGCGCUGGAUGACGAUGAUUAUGGCUUAUGAGCAUUUCAAGUAUACUGGUGUUCUGAAGUGUUGGAUGCAGCGGUCGAUUGUUAUUUCCAUUGAGCCGCUGCCUGGAUUGUUACCGAGCUAACGAAGGAUGUCCAUGGAACUCACCGGUACCUGUGCCCAUAGGGCUUCCAUCCAUAUUGUGGAGUUACAGAUGGUAGAGAAAAUAUCUACUUCAGACUUCAUUCCCUCUUGUGUUUAGGUUAGUGAGUUUUUUAUUCUUGCAAAAAUGACAUGAUCGAGACAUCAAUAGUAAUGGAUUUUGUCUUAGUGUGUUUGUGCUAAAAAUGUAACAUCCCAAAAUUCUAAAUUUUGGAAUGUUAUAAUAAAUAGACAGAUUUGAUUGUU